AUGGCUGCCCCCAGUCCACAAAUUGUCACUUUGUGUUUGUUUGUCAAUUUAAUCUGUUCCAUUAUGAUCGUCCUGCUUAACAAGCGUAUCUACGUCGUAUAUGGCUUCCCAAACAUGACCCUGACGUGCAUCCAUUUCCUUCUCACCACGGCCGGUCUGUUUAUAUGCCAAAAACUAAACGUUUUCCAACCGAAACGCUUGCCCCUGCGGGACAUGUUACCCCUGGCUGCGUCUUUUUGCGGAUAUGUCGUUACGACUAACCUUUCCUUACAGCAUAAUACUGUCGGCACAUACCAGCUUAUUAAAGCCAUGACCACUCCGUGUAUCAUCUUUAUACAGACACAGUUUUAUAAUCGGAAUUUUUCUCUUUAUAUCAAACUUUCAUUGAUCCCAAUAACAGUAGGUGUAUUUCUGAACAGUUAUUAUGACAUGAAGUACAGUCAUUUUGGAAUUUUCUAUGCAACAGUUGGUGUCUUGGUUACAUCUCUCUACCAAGUCUGGGUCGGAGAGAAGCAACAUGAGUUACAAGUGAACUCUAUGCAAUUACUCUUUUACCAAGCACCGCUGUCAACACUCAUGCUCCUGGUUCUUGUUCCGUUCUUUGAACCAUUCCUUAAUUUUCAUGUAUUCCAUUCUUGGAAUUGGCCAGCUGCUUUGACAAUUAUCUUAUCUGGUAUCGUAGCUUUUCUUGUGAAUUUGACCAUCUACUGGAUUAUUGGCAAUACAUCGCCGGUUACCUACAACAUGGUGGGUCAUUUAAAAUUCUGUCUUAUUCUUCUCGGCGCCUACCAAUUCUUCAAUGAAAGUUUGCAUUUGUUGCAGUUGUUAGGAAUUGGAAUAACUGUCAGUGGAAUCAUUUUUUACACACACGUCAAGAUGAACGAACAGAAAAUGAAGAGCCCAUUACCAACACGAUCCAACAGGGUGAAUCGUAACUUGUAA